AUGGAAGACACCGCAAAGAAAACACAGGAAAAGCUCAAAAGGAUGUUUGAAGGCAAGUAUUUAUCAAACAAACGCUUCAUGAAGAAAGAGCUCCGAAAUCUUCGGAUGAAGGAGAGUGGAAAUCUCAUGGAGCAUCUUAGCACCUGUAAUAGGAGUAUUGCGGACUUGCAAAAGGUGAACGUGGUUUAUAGCACGGAUGAUGAGGCAUUGAUGUUGUUGGCAUCUUUGCCUCUGUCAUAUGAACACUUCGGGACGAUGCUGAUGAUCAAAAAGAGUACUCUAAAUUUUGAGGAAGUGGUGCAAGACAUGACGCAUCACAAGUUGACUCAAAGUUCUGGAGAUAGCUCUCAAGGUGCUUGUAUAUUAACAUGGACGGGAGAGCGAAGCCGUUCAAGCAAGCGAAAAGGCAAGAAAAGCAAUGGAAGGAAUCCUAAAUUCAAUGACAAUGAAGGGUGCUUCAAGUGUUAG